UUUUAGGAGCGUAUCGCAGUAACAUCAAAGCUCAAUACAUUUCGAAGCGUGCAUUUUAAAUAACGAACAACAGGAUAUUUUGUGUCAACGUGAAGGCUGUCGAAAGGUUCUUCUCCGGUCAUUAAUAGCUAUGUGAUGAAAGUCAAAGGGAUUCAAAACACAAACGAAAUAAUCGAAGUGAAAUCGGAGCUUGGAUUAUCAAUAACUUCGCCCGUAUAUAAAUUGCGUGAGACGUGUUAUAAUUUAAAAAAUAAUGAAUCAGAUUCUUUCAAAUGAAAACAAAAAGGUGCCACCGAACAAGCCACCUCGACUAAAUAUUACAAGCAAAUCAAAUAACAACAAUAAUGGACCAUCAGAGAAAGCGCAAAUUGGAAGAUUGAGAUUAGGUCAUGACAAGAAACCGAAAAUUUAUGAAAACUACCAAGAAUUAUUCGCCGGACGAACGUACGAUGUGAUUGAACCACCUCAGAUAGAGGAAAGGCCGAAAGGAGACAGAGAACUCCCUGAACUUCCGGUAGACAUGAUUGAGAGCGACUUUAGUUUGUACACUGGUAAGGAACAUAUUUAUGAAACGAUUGAUGAUGUAAACACGCGUGAUAACUCGUCUCAAACGGAAAGUUUUUGCAUGGGCAACGAAACGUUUAUGGGCUCGAAUGAGCGUCUCACUACGUCCAAAGAGAUCAGUUGUCAGACAGAGCCCGAAACUCGGCGGAAUUAUAAGCGAAGCAGCGGAACACAGGAAAAAAUAUCAAAUGGUAUCAUGAAAAACAAGGAAUGUAGAUUGAGUAGUGAUUCAAGUACAUCGACACAGGAUUCCCAAGAAAGCGUCGACUCUGGUCAUUACAGUGGGAGGAAUUUUGACAAGAGCCCACGAACACCUACUGAUGAGUCGUCGUAUCUAUGGCAACCAGAAGGACUAAGCAACGAUGAGGUAAAAUCGUUCAUGGAUUCGUUGCCGCUCGACAGCGUCCCCAGUAUGUUAACUCCGGAGGGUAUAGCUCAUUUUAAUGCGCAGUUAGCCCAUCAAAAUCCCAAACAAGACGCCGAUCCACGUCAUUGCAAGAACCUGACCAAGGCUCAGGAGACGACACUCAAAGCUCUUUAUAUGACGUUACUUAAGGCACGUGGAACGGGAUACAUAAGGAUCUCAGACAACAAUACGGAUUCAUGUGACGGGUGCGGUAAUUCAUUUACGAAGAACGACAUGGUGGUAUCCACUGGUCAUGGUCUUCGUCAUCCUUCGUGUUUCUCGUGCAUUGUUUGUCACCAAUUUCUCACCAAACUCAUCUACUAUUCUGAUGAUAAACAUCAGUUGUACUGUGGUCGACAUUACGCCGAGUUAUUUAAACCAAGAUGCUACGAAUGCGACGAGCUUAUCGUCUCCGGUGAAAUUGUCCGCGCGAUGGGAAAAACGUACCACGCGGAGCAUUUCCGUUGCAGAAUAUGUAAGAAAGUGAUUGGCGAAGGUAAAUACACCACCGAAAAUGACGAAGUUGUUUGCGUUGAGUGUCAUAAGCUUCACUAUGCCGAGGAAUGUGUAUCUUGUGGGAAAAAGAUAACUUUAGGACAAAAAUCCCUAUCGAUUGGACAAAAACACUGGCACGAGAAGUGCUUUACUUGCGAUGAAUGCGAUGUACAGAUGGUCAGAGGUACUUUCAAACUCGGCAAUGGUAAGGUGCUGUGUAGUAAAUGCUACCAACAAAAAAACAAUCGAAUAUGUUGUACGUGUGGCGAGCCAAUCAAAUCGGGCCAACAAUGGCUUGAGCAUGACGAGCUGUUCUAUCAUGCUGAAUGCUUCCGUUGCAAAAACUGUCAGAGGGAAAUCACAUCGAAAUUCAAGGAAAAGAGCGGUUUCUUCUAUUGUACCGACUGUCAUCGCGAUUUGUUCGCGAAAAAAUGCAAGCAAUGCGGACAAGCCGUUUUAGAAGAUGGUAUUACUUAUGACAACGAAAUAUGGCAUAACGCCUGCUUUGUGUGUCACAAUUGUAAACAACCAUUGUCGACGCGUAAAUUUCUACUUCGUGAUGGUCUUCGUUAUUGUAAUAUAUGUUAUGAAGAUAUGUUUGCGAAACAAUGUCAUAGUUGUGGAAAGAAGAUCAAGGGAGGUGCUUAUCUGACGACGAACAAUCUGUUUUGGCACAGUGAUUGUUUCAAAUGUGCAGACUGCCAUAUUGACUUGAGUAACAUUGGUUUUCAUAUGUUUGGUGAUAAUACAUACUGUUCCAAUUGUCCCUCAUUGUGAUUUUGUAUCACAGUGGUCUUCUGAAAAGAUCAAACUUUCCUUUUCAACUUUGCCAGGAUGACGAUUGAGACAACAUAGAAAUAGUUCAUGUUCGUGCAGGUGAUGUCCUCGAUCAUGGGAAACUAAUCACUUGACAGACAUCAAUGUAAAAAUCUUUUGCUAAAUAGUUUUAUGAAAUAGUAAUAGAUGCAGAAAGCUUACUUUUCCCGAGUCCCCAUUUUGUGCCAUACCAAAGAGUCCGCCAUUUUGAAAAUCUUAUUGUACAUUCUUGUACAUGAAAUACUUCUUGUUAGUUGAUUCAAAGAAUUCACAUAGUAUGUCAUGCAACCCAUUCGCCUGCUUUUUCUAGUUAUAUACAUACAUUUAUAUAUUCGUAAAAACAUGAAAUACAUAAUCAGAAUAAUCAGAAUACUCGAGAAAUGUCAUUUUUGAAAAAACAGUGAAGUACAAUUUACUUGAAUUGCAUAAAUUCCGCAUGUUACUUUCAAGAAUCUUGUUUAUAUAGAGCCUAAAGACUAAUAACCUCUCAGUAGUACUACUUUAACGAUAGUAUUACGUCUAUUAAAGAUAACUUCAAUGUUUAAUAUUGAUGAACAGACCAAUAUUGCUGUAUAUUUAUCAUAUUAUUUUAAAGAACCAAAUAGAAAGUAAUUGGAGAUAAAGAACAGAAAAAUGAUAUGACAAAAAUAUAUUUAUUACAAAUAUAUGUAAAAAUGUACGUAAUGCUAUUGUAUAUCUUGUAAAAUAAAAAAAAUUUAGAAUGAAA